UCUAAAAAUAAGAGGUGAGAGAAACGAGAUCUGAGAUCUACAACACCAAGCGGCCACCACCACCACUCGCGGCUGCUCACGGCGAGGAGAGAGAGAGGGGAGAGAGAUGCGGUGAGGAGAGAGAAAAGAGGGAGAGGCAGCGCGGGGAGAGAGAGAGAGAUCGUCGACGGCUAGGGCUUCCUGUCUCCGGGAUUUUUCUGCAGAGCUUCGCUCUGGAAUUUCUGAUGAGAGACAAGGGAGGUAGAGGCUUGUAUUUAUAGGAAAAGGCAAGGAAACCCUAGGGUUUUAAUCCUAAUGGGCUGCAGAACGGGCCUUCCCUUUUAAAACACAAAAACUUUUUGGGCUUGAGUUUUGGGGUGUUACAAUUCUCCCCCUGUUAAUCGGAAUUCGCCCCGAAUUCCAAUCUUCAGGCUUUGAACACUAACAUCCCAAAACCCGAGGUGAGUUCAAACACAUUCAAGGGAGGCACACAAUAUUUUCUUAAGGAUCUUCUUUCGAAAUCUCCCAAAUAAAUAAGGAAGAACAUAAUUCCUACUCAUACGGGAUGUUUCCAAAAUCUUAUCUAGUCUCUACAAAGUGAAGAAGUGCGUUUCUGCCUUGAAUCAUAACCAAACACUUGGACACCUCUAGCUGACGGUUCCAGAUAAUCCCCCUAUUGUUAAUCUUCCGAUGGAUCCUCUUUCGGUUCAGCACUUGUGACAUAAAUAACAUGUUUAACAACCACACCUUUGCUGCCAUCGCCUUCCCUAUCAUCCUCACCACUAAGGCAAAUUCCAUAGAUUUCAUGGCUCCAUUCAGCUCUCCUCGAAUGUUCCUACGGAGUCUCGCCUUAUAACCCGGCACUACCCCUCCGCAGGCUUCGACUUGCAUUUCUCGGCCAUGUCUAAGAACUCCUUAGUGUACUUUUGGACCAGGCGAGGCUUAUGCACUAUCUGAACAAGGAUCUCACACUUGCACGGCUCGGUACAUUCUCCCGAGGUUCUUUCAUCCAUAAUCAAUCUCUUCCGCAGAUCCUCUUCCACUUCCACUUCUUCCUUAGAGCUCGAGAUGGCGACGACCCUAAUGGUAAGUGCCCUUUCUGCCUCCACUGCCUGACCGGCUAUCUAGUUCAUCAGAACGAAUUCCCAUGGUUCCAACACACCAAGCAGCUUGCCCUGAAUUUCCUCGCGGAGCCCUGCCUUAAUCCCUCGGCACCAAUCCUCCGCUGACUUUGGCUUGCAUCUUUUGGUUGUCUCCAAGAAUUCCUCGAUGUACUCCCAAACUGAGUGUGUUCCUUGAUUAGCCUGCAUCAGUUUUUCACACCGACAUACCCCGAUUACGCUCCUUAGGCGGUCUGCUUCAAUACUAGGAAUCUUCCUCGGACGUGCACGUUUCCUCGUUGGCACACUGUCUUCCAUCCUAAACGGUCCAAGACCUUCCCGAUCAAUCCUGACUUCCUUGGGUGCCAACAGCCCAUCUUGGGCAGCGUCAUUUCGACUUCAGGCGUGAACUGGAAGAUCACAUGGCCUUGGUACAUCCGCCUACACUCUGCUGAUCUCUGGAACUGGGGCAUCAGCACUUGACGACUCACGGUUGUCUCCGGAUGUGGACGUUCGGCUGCUCCACGAACUUCAUUCCCUCCUAGUCCUUGUUAGCAUUAACUUUUUUGUUACAUGGUGAUACUCCAUCAUCCUUUUUACCCCAAGACGAUCCUUCUUACCCCACAAUGAUCCUUAUUACCAUCAACCAUUUUACCGUAAGAUGAUACUUAGUUUACUCCCUGUAAACCGGAGUUGGUCCUCCUCGUUGCGACUUCGAGAAGCUCCUUCCUCUAGCUACUUCAUCCUUAGUCAUUGUGUAGUUUAUUACCAAUAAAGCUCUCACCAUGCCUAUCUUUAAGGACUUGAAUCCUUGACAUUAGAGUUGAGACCCUUUGUUUUCCCUUAUAGUUUUCAUCUGCUUAGCCAAUUACUCUAGGGUCAUCUUCCCAAAUCGGAGUGCUACUCCAUGUCGUGCCCGCUCCUUUUUCCCAGCCUCCAUGCCGCCUUCAGUUUUGACCUUGCUGAUGUUGGAAGAGUCCACACUAGCAUUUCUCCCUUGCUCAGUACUUGGCGCCUUUUUCCAUUUUUUUUAUAUAUAGGAAACGAGCUUGACUGUAAUGUCAGAGCGAUGCAUCGCUAUUUCCUGUAGAGAUGUCUCUUCCGUGAAGCGGCGCACACCUCGACCUUGUGUCUGAUCCUCGUCCCCUAACCUUCCCGGGCCGGCGUGGGUGGUGAUGUCGGCUAGACGUAUCAUCUCAAGCUAGUAUGUCCGAUCUUCCGUUCCUCCUUAGCAUGUCGUGCUAGGCAACUGACCCCUCUAUGCACUUGUCCUAGAAUUCCUUGUUAAUCCCUUCCUGGGCCUCUAAAACUCUUCCACACCGCGGUUCGAGGAAUUUUUGUUGUUCUGAUCUCGGACGAAGACUCUGAGCUGUUCGAAUUCUCUUUCAACACUGACUACAACGGGUCCAACAGAACCAUAAAGGAAAAAUGAACAAUGGCGGAAACGCUGAUCCCUUAAGUUAGUAUUAAGGGACCUUAACCUGGCUCUGAUACCAAUUGAAACACCCGCCCCUCCUCAUUUCCAUCCGGGGUUCCAGGGCGCGGGGUUUAGGACACACAUGUCUAUUUUCCCGACAUCUCCGUGUGUCCCGUUUCUGGUCCCAUGAGUUUCAGUUGCAUUUCCUUCCUUACCGUUGACAUUUCCACUUAUAGUUCUGCAAAAAGGGAGAGGGAAAGGAGGGGUGAGUACUAAUACUCAGUGAGGCGAUUCUAGACCAGUCUCCCCCAUGAGCCUCUAUACGGCUCAAUGCGAAACGAGAACCGUCUAGUCACUACACUCAGUCGAUGCAACCUAUCAGCUAGUUAUUAAGUUUCAUUUCACAAUCAAGCACUGUAAUGAACUCAGUCAUCACUCAAUCAUAGAAUACGGUUUAUUAUUUAAGACCUCCCAUCAUCCUAGGACUUUAGGACCUACACAGCUCAAGCGGACCAUUCCUCCCCUUUUCUUGCUGCUUCCUGUGAAGUCGCCUGCCCUGGUAGGCCCGCCGCCCAGUUCCUCGGGUUCGGACCACCUUUGCAGUGUAUUACGACCCCUUCCCGCCAAGACUCGGCGUGACUCAAUCUUACCGGCGCCUCUAUUCUUACCCUGCCAUUUUUAUCCGAUGCUAUGGCCCCGCAUCUCCGCCGUUUUUGAACGCUACGGCCGCCGCGUUUCAUUUCUUUCCACCCUUCUCCGGGUACUUUAAUCCACCCUUCUUGGAUAACUUAUUCCACCCUUCCCGGGUACUUUUCUAAUCAUUCAUUUUCUUUCCUUUUUCUUAUCAUUUCCUUUUUCUUUAUUCAUUUCCUUUUUCUUUAGACUCUUUCCUUUCUUUCAUUUCUAGACGCCACCCGUUCUCGGUGUCACAUUCAACUCAAUAAACAACCAUUUCACGGAUGUCCUAUCAUUCAUCUAAAUCAACCGGUUAGCGUUUACUAUUAACCUACUUUUAAUUCCUUCUAAGCACCCUAGCUUUCAAACACAAUCAAGAAUAGUUCAUCAACCAAUCACUCAUUCAUCAUUCAAUCGACACAAACAAUCCAUUUACUGUCCUUAAUCAGUACGAGCGUUCUUAUGCAGUAUGAUCUAUCAACCUAACAUCAAACAGGAUCUAAACCAUCCUAAUUCCUCAUUCAACGGUAUAAAAGAACAUGAACAAGAUCUGGAAUAGAACACCUCACCUUAGCCUAGAUCUGGAUCUGGAUCUAAAAAUAAGAGGUGAGAGAAACGGGAUCUGAGAUCUACAACACCAAGCGGCCACCACCACCACUCGCGGCUGCUCACGGCGAGGAGAGAGAGAGGGGAGAGAGAUGCGGUGAGGAGAGAGAAAAGAGGGAGAGGCAGCGCGGGGAGAGAGAGAGAGAUCGUCGACGGCUAGGGCUUCCUGUCUCCGGGAUUUUUCUGCAGAGCUUCGCUCUGGAAUUUCUGAUGAGAGACAAGGGAGAUAGAGGCUUGUAUUUAUAGGAAAAGGCAAGGAAACCCUAGGGUUUUAAUCCUAAUGGGCUGCAGAACGGGCCUUCCCUUUUAAAACACAAAAACUUUUUGGGCUUGAGUUUUGGGGUGUUACACAAACAACAACAACCACGACCCUUCUCCUCCUAUCUGCAUUGCUAAUUGCAGCGACAGUAGUUAAUGGGCAAGGAGCGAAGGCCCCUCCUCCAAACGCAGGUAUGGUUUGUGAGGCUAACUUAGGUCUAUGUGCAGCGGCACUUAAAGUAGGAGCAAAAUCAUCAGAAGAAUGCUGCACGAGCCUAGACAAGGCAGUGAAGACGCAGUUGAAGUGCCUCUGCGCCAUCCUCACAAACCCGCAGGUAUUGGCCGGCUUCAAUCUCACCGUGGAAAAUGCUCUUCUCAUUCCUAAGAGUUGUGGCAUCGAUGCUGGACCUUCUAUGUGUUCUGCCGCUAAAGCUCCGUUGCCGCAUGGGGUUCCACCGGUGCCAGGACCGCCUAAAGGUGAGAAGGAUGCGGCAAGCAAUCUCGCGGGAACUGGAUUGGUCGGGAUCGCCUUAAUAACGAUCUCUAUGAUGUUUUAUUGAUAAUGAUAUUUUUAUCUGAUUAUUUUAUAUCUAUGUAAGAAGUUGUUUGGUUCUACAAUGAAACUUCUACUUGAUGCCCCUUGUAUGUAAUCUUCUUAUAUUUUUUUCUCAAUCGGAUUUUGAAAUUGUGUGCCGGGAUUCGAUAUUGUCGCUGUUGUCAAACCUUUGAUGUAUUUUGUUUCCAAUUCAUAAUUUUAAAAAUAUAUUUACUA